GGCAGCGGCUGCGGGCAGCGCGCGCGGGGCGCGGGGCCGCCAAGGCGAUCGCCAUCCGGGCUCGGGCAGCUGGCAGUGGGCAAUACAGGCUCCCCGGUGCCCGCCCCUCCGCCGGGAGGGGGGCGCGAGCGGGCGGCCGGGGAGGGGCCGGCACCGCCGCGGCAAAAAUGAGCCUGCUGUCGGCCAUCGACACGAGCGCCGCCUCGGUGUACCAGCCGGCCCAGCUGCUCAACUGGGUCUACCUGUCGCUGCAGGACACGCACCAGGCUAGUGCCUUCGAUGCCUUCCGGCCCGAGCCUCCCGCUGGCGCCGCGCCCCCGGAGCUGGCCUUCGGCAAGGGCCGCCCCGAGCAGCUGGGCUCGCCCCUGCACUCCAGCUAUCUCAACAGCUUCUUCCAGCUGCAGCGCGGAGAGGCUCUGGGCAACAGCGUGUACAAGAGUGCCUCACCCUACGGCUCCCUGAACAACAUCGCAGACGGCCUCAGCUCCCUCACCGAACACUUCUCCGACCUGACUCUCACCUCUGAGGCCCGCAAGCCCAGCAAGCGGCCCCCACCCAACUACUUGUGCCACCUGUGCUUCAACAAAGGCCACUACAUCAAGGACUGCCCCCAGGCACGGCCCAAAGGAGAGGGUCUGACCCCGUACCAGGGCAAAAAGCGCUGCUUUGGCGAGUACAAGUGUCCCAAGUGCAAGAGAAAAUGGAUGAGCGGCAACUCGUGGGCCAACAUGGGGCAAGAGUGCAUCAAGUGCCACAUCAACGUGUACCCACACAAGCAGAGACCCCUGGAGAAGCCCGACGGUCUGGAUGUAUCUGACCAGAGCAAGGAGCAUCCGCAGCAUCUGUGUGAGAAGUGCAAGGUCCUGGGCUACUACUGCCGCCGUGUGCAGUGACUGCCAUCACAGCCGCCACACCCUGCCAGCACCCUGCCAGCUGUCUGGCCUGCUGGCCACCACUUUCCUGGCUGCUCAGCGGGACUGCAAGGCUCCUGGCCGGGCCAGGGGAGGGGGCAGCCUUCUCAGGCUGCCGGCCUGGUCUGGGGGCUCCUGGAGGCCUUGAGAAGUUUGACAGCAGGGUUGUGGGAGGCAGGGGUUUGUAGAGAAGUAAAAGCUGAGGUCAGAGCUGGGAUCCCUCGCCCUCUCCAGGCUCUUCUCCUGAGAGUCCCUUCUAAGUGAGCAGUCUUGUCUGGCCACCAGCGCACUAAAUGAACUGUGAAUCCCGAGAUCUGUAAUGGUGGGGGGUUGGGGGGAAUCAUCUCCUCAAAACCAGCCAGGUCAGCUCCCAGAACCUUCCAGCAUGCUAUGUGACAAGCCCCUCGCUGAAUGUCCUAGUUUUCAAUCCUUCACAUGCCCUCACAGGGAGCAGACACCAUUCUGGCCACGGCUGGGGAGGGGCUUCUGUUCCCAACCACACUCAGAUCAAACCCCACCCACCUGGGAUGUCACUGCAUUGCCCCUCAUCCAGGGUCCCCUUGAGCCUGGAGCACAGAGGGUGAACUGUUGGGCAGUGUUCUGUGAGUACAUGGUGCACCCCCCUAUUCCCAUGACUCCUCUGGUCCAGAGACAGUCUCCCACAGGCUUGGGUCCUGCAAGCCCAUUUCCUUCUCUCCCCCUUGGUCUUUCACCCCCAUUAGGGGAGGGGGCUGUGAUCCUACCAAGGCUCCCAUAUAGAAGCUGCCCUGGCAGGAAGGACUCAGGGGCAAAGACAUAUCAUCUCUAGCCUCAGUUUCCCUGUCAGAGAGUGACACCAGACAGUAAAACUGACAGUGCCUGUCAGUUUUGAUGCUGUCCAGAUACCUCGCUGGGACAGAGAGCUUUAUUUGGGGGGAAUCCCAGGUUUGGGGGGAAGAUACCUGUCAGACAUUCCCCCAUCAGUCCUUUAGGAAGUCAGGGAGAGGGAAGCUGAGUCCACCCCUGUGACCCCUGUGUUUAUGUCCCCUUCCCUGCAAACACAGAAAAGGACCCUUCUCUUCACCUAAGUCUCCCCAAGCCCUCCUGGCUGGGGCAGGGGGCAAUGCCUGAAACAUGUCACAGAACCUCGCAUUUGAAAACCGGGGACAGUGAUUUCCUCCUACCUCCUAAGGGAGCCAAGAGGCCUCUGGGCACAUCGUAGGGCAAGUAGAAACACACCCCUUCCCUUUCCCCAGUCUGUAGGUUGUCUUUUUCUCCCUGGGGAAGGAGAGAAUCAGCAACCAGGAUUGGUGGCUUGAUUUUUUUUUCCCCCAACACUAUGACUCUGUAGGAAAAAGAAGAAAAAAAUAAAAAGAAGAAGAAGGAAAAGAAAAAAAGAAAUCAGGCCACAAAAUGGUCCUGAAAUUCAAAUGUUUACCAUGGCUGGAGCAUACCUGUCUGGUGCCUAGUCGCCUUCUGUUUGCAAGUGAACAUGCUUUGUACAGUUGAAGAGUUACCGUAAAGUGUUAACCAAGGUCCAGGGAAUGAGUGAGAGACUGAGUGCUUCUAUAGGUGGAGCACUGUAGGAUGGUUUUUUUGGGGGGGACAUGCCCUCUGAGCACUUAAGAUAUGUAUAUUUAUUUGCAGCCCUCCCCCACGCCCACCCAUUGGGGGCAGCAAGCCGCUGCAGACAGCUUCAGCUCCCUCUAGGGACUGUCACCAAGGACUCCAGCCAGCUGCUGCCCUGGGGGAAGAGCUGGUGGCCAUGACCUAGUGUUUUUGUCCUCCAGAAGGAGCUGUUGCUGUCAGUCAUCCUUCUGAAUGUUGGGGGUGGGGGAUGGAGCCGUGUGCUUGUCUCAGCUGCGACAAUGAAUGGGGUCCCUUGGCUAAGGAGAUCUAAGGCCUGCCAACCCGGCUGCAAAGGUAGGGAGGAAUCCCACACCCCGAACAGAACACAGACUCCAGACCACAAGAAGCCAGGCCAGCAGGAGAGCUGUCACCCCAAAGUGACCUUUUUGUUCGGUGGCUGGUCCAGCUGGCGGGCAUUACCCUGUAAUGACAUCUGUGCAGAGUCCUGCCUUUCCACCUCCACCUCCGCCUGGGGCAGUCCCUACGUGCCUCCUUUCUCUCUGACUUUGGGAGCUUUCCAGGGUCAGCAAAAGACACCACUGCCCAAGCUAGUGCUUGGAGAAUUAAGUGCUCAGAGGAUCUGGUAGCCCAGGGUACAGGAAAGUGUGCAGUUGUAAUUAAGUUCAAAAGGGACAUUUGCGUGUAUUAAGUAGAUCUAGCGAUCUAGUUGAGAGGUUAUAGUGGAUGCCAUAUACAUGAAGUACUCAUAGCUCUAUUUGUGAAUUUGUAUUUAUUUUGAGUUAUACUUGACACAGAAUUCCUUUUUUAAAAAAAACAAAAUAAAAAUACUAUGUGUGUAUUAUGAAGGGGAAAAAUUCACAGAUGUUAACAUUUCUGAAUGACCAGUUUUUGUCACAACACUGAAUUUGGUAGCUUCUCAUGGAAAAAAAAAUCUUACGGUGAUUUUUUUUUUUGUCUGUAUAUAUUUGAGGGCCUUUUUAAAAAAAGAAAAAAGAAAAAAGAAAAGGAUGAUUAUGGUUUGAUAUUUUUGAGAUUUUAAAAAGCAAAGAAAAAGGAGGCAUUUUUCAACACUUCAGUUUUUUUAGGAAGGCAAUAAAAUAUUAAAGAUUUCUGGAAGCAUUUUGCAAAGCCGUUUGAGCUGAAAGAAAAUAUUUGUAGUGAGAACUUUUCUCUUUUUCCUAUUAUUAGCUUUUUUAUUAUUAUGCUUUAGUAUGUAAAAAGUAUGCAACCGAAUUACAUUAAGAAGGAAAUAUUAUCUACAUAGAAUAUUAUAUGAAGUGGGUACAUAAUUCUGAUGAGAGAAAAAAAUCUUUGCAAUUCUCUAAGCCAUAUUAUUAGUCUGUAUUGUCCCUCUUGGGUGAAAAUAUCAGUAUUAAAUAGUAGCCAGUGUACUAGUCAAAUGUUUAGAUUUAUUAAUAUGCUCUUGUAUUUAUACAUAUGUGUAUUUUGGAACAUAUUGCCUUUCUUAAGGGGAGCUCUUUAUAGACACAUAGCAAAAAAGGGGGGGAGCAGUGACCCCAUUGUGUGUUUGUUAAUGUUGAUAUUAACUAACACACCAUUGUAAUAGAUGUUCUCCAGCCUUUGUGUUUUUCUAUUAUUAAGAUGAUUUUAUUAAAUUUCAUGGGGGGAUGCAGGGGAAAGGGGGGUAUGGACAAGGGGAAGAAAGCUUUUGAUAAACCAGCCCUCUUCCAUGGACCAGCCAGACCCAAGAAGAGGGGGAGAGGCAGCGCCAGCCACAGCCUUCCGGUGGCCCUGCCCAGCUUUUGUAUAUGAGCCAUGCCCCUGGGCCCCCUCGCUCUGUGAACUUGGAUCUGCCCACCUGCCCCUCCAACAUCUAAUAGACUUGAAUCUACGCCGAACAAAUACUUAAUCCAACCUCACUACAUUGUAGCCCAGUGUAACAACUAACCCUAAAAUAAAAGGGAGGUGUUCCUGCCCGCAGUGAAGUGGCCGAGUGCCAAGGCCUGCCCACCUGCGCCUUCCCCAGGGCUGGUGGCAUCUGUGAUCACCACUCUCAUGGCCAACCUCACUGUUUGACCUCCACCCCCUUGUCCCUUGUCCUUGUCUGUGUGUGUGUGUGUGCGCGUGUGUGUGUGUGUGUGUGUGUGUGUGUGUGUCCAGCUAAAAAGACAAACAGAACCCGUGGGCCCCCACUUGGAGGGUAGCUGGUAUAGACCACCCACCCUGCCAAGGGCGCCCGGGAUGGCAUUCCGUUGUGUGCCUUAUACCUGGAGACUCUGUAUUUGGCUUGCCUAUGGGACUAUAUCCUUUUCAUGCUGUAUUAAAAAGGACUUUGAAAAGCAAGA